UUUAACCGGGGAAAAAAGUGUGGAGAGGAGAAGCAGGGUAGGCAGCAAAGAGGGAUUAGGUAAUCUUUUUCAUGGAUUUUUGAGAUCUAGAGAAGUUAAAGAUACAGAUUGAGUGGUUCACUGUAUCAAAGUUCGAAUCUUUAUUGAAGAUUUUGUCUUUGGUCAACUUACCAAGGAGGAUUUGGAUUACAGAAAGUGAGGGGAGACUGGUCAAGAACCAAGCUUUAGAUUAGAAAAUGGUAGAAAGGUGGAGUCUUCAGAAACCCAAUACCGGAAAGUUCAUGAUUGUUCAGUUUCUGGUGGGCUUCCGGGAAAGUUGCCAGUUGGGUUCUGGUUAUUGAGGUCUAGAAGGGAAGCAGGGAGCUUGGUUUUGGGUUUAGGUGAGUUUCCCAAACUGGGUCUGGUUCUGAUUCUGAGCUGAGAAAGAGUUGGGGGGAUUUUGGAGGUUGUGUCACUUGUGUGAUGAGAAUGGGGGAAAAUGUGGCAGCUUUGCAUACUGCUGUGAACUCUGUACAGGCACUGGGAAGAGGGUUUGAUGUGAACUAUGAUACCAGGCUGCUUUAUUGUAAGGGUGUGGCAGGGUCUAGGGUACUAGAGGUUGAUGAGGAGCAUACCAGGGAGCUCUGCCUUUAUGAUGAUGUAGUUGUGCCUAAUGUUUCCAGGGAUAUUAAGCUCUCUAAGGAGUCCAGGGAGCGGCAGAGCUCUGCAGUCUGCAGCUUUAAUGAGAUGGUGGAGUAUUUCAAUGACAGGUGUUAUAUAUCGGGAAGCUAUCCUGUGGGGAGUUUCAAUUUUUCAUUUAGCUUCAGUGGUUCAAAGCAUGUUGAUAUGGCAGGAACAAAGACACUCUCUAUGGAUGGCCUCUACAUUCCACUUGCUAAGAUCCAUCUUCUAAAAUCCCCAUUGAUGUUACAAGAAAAUGUGAAACGGGCUAUCCCAACUUGUUGGGAUCCCACAUCCUUGGCAAGCUUUAUUGAAAAUUUUGGCACUCACGUCAUAACAUCUGUAACUAUUGGUGGAAAAGAUGUUAUUUACGUCAAACAACACAAAUCUUCUCCUUUGUCAACCAUGGAGAUCAAGAACUACAUCCAAGACAUUGGAAAUCAGAGGUUCUUAGACACAGAAAGCAAUACAAGUUCAGGUCAAAUGAAUUUCAAGGAUAAGGGGUCUGAUUCUGGUUUAUUCAACAGUCAGGGGAUCUACCCUCAACCGACUACUGCACCAUAUCUUGCUGGGAAAGAAGAUGUUACUGUCAUUUUCCGAAGAAGGGGAGGAGACGAGCUGGAACAAAAUCACAUCCGUUGGGCAAGAACUGUCCAGGCCUCUCCAGAUGUAAUCGAUAUGACAUUUUUUCCUAUAACAGCUCUUCUUGAAGGAAUAAUUGGAAGGGAGCACCUUGUUCGAGCUAUUGGUCUAUAUCUUGAAUAUAAGCCUCCAAUAGAAGAACUCAGAUACUUCCUAGAGUUUCAGAUUUCUCGAAUAUGGGCUCCUGUAUAUGACCAAAAUCUUGCCCACCAAAGAAAGGAACCCGUUUGCCCAUCUUUGCAAUUCAGCAUAAUGGGGCAAAAACUGUAUGUCAGCCAAGAGCAGAUUACAGUUGGACGGAAGCCAGUGACAGGCUUGCGAUUAUGUCUUGAAGGAAGCAAGCAGAAUCGUCUUUGUAUCCAUCUUCAACACUUGGCUUCUCUUCCAAAGAUCCUUCUACCAUAUUGGGAUACCCAUGUUGCAAUCGGUGCUCCAAAGUGGCAAGGACCUGAGGAGCAAGAUAGCCGAUGGUUCGAGCCUGUGAAGUGGAAAAAUUUCUCUCAUGUGAGCACAACACCUAUUGAGAAUCCUGAAACCUUCAUAGGCGAUCUCUCUGGUGUCUACGUUGUCACAGGAGCUCAGCUUGGAGUUUGGGAUUUCGGAUCAAAAAAUGUUUUGUUCAUGAAGCUAUUAUAUUCAAGGCUGCCUGGCUGCACUAUAAGAAGAUCUUUGUGGGACCAUUCCCCAAAUGAAAAGACAAAGAAAGGGAAGUCUACAAGUUUAAAUGUCAAUGCCGGUGACUCAAGUUCCAGUUCUAGAGAAAAUAACACGGGCAGCAAGUUGGCGAAAUUUUUGGAUAUGUCAGAGAUGAGCAAGGGGCCGCAAGAUCAUCCAGGUCAUUGGUUGGUUACCGGUGGAAAGCUUGGUGUGGAAAAAGGAAAAAUUGUCUUAAGAGUGAAAUAUUCGCUGCUAAACUAUUGAGUGUUGUAAUAACCCUAGAUUUUCAAAAACAAUGUGUGAUUUGUUUUGAAUUCUAUUAAGUCGUGAAGUUGAUUUUUACCGAA